AGGUUGUCGUCCACCAGCAGGAAGUACACCCCUACCAUCUGAAUGUUAUUGGUGCAAGUAUGCAAAAAAUGGUCAAGACUGCGUGUUGGAGUGCCCGUCUGGUAUGGUACCAAAUAAAAACAAAAAAUGCAUUCGUAAGUAUUAUAUGAAACAUGUUUUUGAAUUAUUCUUGCAUGUAUGAGUGGGCGACACCUUAGUAUAGUUGCCAACAUAUAGAAAUACAACUGUACAAAGUACAUUCUAAAUAUAAUUUUCUGCACUACUUUGAAGUCGUCAGUUGACGAAGCACAGCUUUUUUCGGUUCAUCCUAUUGACCAAAUUUUUUUGUGUAGGUAAUUUCGACUUGACGUUUAAAGGAAGCAUUGGUCGUAAAUGGUCGCUCACGACUAUCCCAUCCACACUUUCUGCUUUCACAAUCUGUUUAUGGAUAAAAUUCCCCGCUUACACUCAGGAGUAUUUCCAAAAAGAAUAUGCAGUCCUUGGUUACCUUUCUUCGGGAUCGAUUUUCCCUACUCUUAUGACACAUUUUGGCCUGUCCGUAAGAUACAUGAAAGAAGGGGAAGCUUCAUUGGUGUUCAAGUACUACUACUGGUAAGUCAAAAAGUUUGGAAGGACAACCUUUUUUAAUUAUAUAUAUAUAUAUAUAUAUAUAUAUAUAUAUAUAUAUAUAUAUAUAUAUAUAUAUAUAUAUAUAUAUUUAUAUAUAUAUUAUAUAUAAUACCUUAUUGAAUUCUGAUCGUUUAAUUGGCUGUUUAUGGUCACGUGAUAUUGAAUAGAAAAUUCCAUUUCCCAAGAGUGCAAUGGAAUACGUUCCAUUGCACUCUUGCGAGUGCAAUUGUACUAUACGUUUUAUUCCAUUGCACUCUUUGUGUUUUCGAUAAAUCGCAUCCGUCAAAAUGCUUCUCGUACGGUGAUCGCAGUUUAUUUUAACCCGAUAUUCGAAACUCAGUAAAUGGGAUUUAAUGCAAAUACGACUCGUCAAAAUGGCGGGAGCUUACAGUAAACCUUUUAAUAUUAGUCUAUUUUGGUAUUAUAUAAAACAAAUAAUGAAUGUUUUUAUUCGUGCAAUGGUAAGAAUAUUUUCAUUCGGUGAAAGAUGGAAUGUUCCAUUCAACUCGGCUGUCGCCUCGUUGAAUGGAACAUUCCAUCUUUCACCUCAUGAAAAUAUUUUUACCAUUGCACUCAUAAACAUUCAUUAUUUGUAUAUUAUAGAGCUAAUAAAGAUAAAAUAAAAUAAACCUGGUUUACUUUGUGAAUAAAAUCUUAUGAAGUAAACCAGGUUUAUUUUAUUCAAUUUUCCAUAAAGAUUUCCCACCGAGAUUUCCGCCAUUGAACACAAUUCAAGGAUCACUCAUUAUUUUUAUAUAGCCCUAAUGCCUAGUCCCUAAUCUGAUCGCGAAUGUUCCAUAAUAGAUGCAUGGGAAUCUUUCUUCUUUCCAUGACUUUUUUCCAUACUCUCGACUAUAGGUUGCAGUAUUUGAAUGCCUGUUAAAAAUGAAAUACUCAUUGUAAUUAACUCUGAUUUAUAUAGGUUUGAUUUCGUGUCAAGACACGAGAUAGAGUUGAAGUUAGGACAAAGAGUCAACACCAACGAAUGGAAUUUCCUGUGUGUUACGCGUGAAAACAGUUCUGGAAAGACGAAUUUGUUUUGGCAUGGGAAAGAUUUAAUUUCAGCUAACAAGUUACUUUAUCCAGGCCACACAAUGAGAAAGGGAGGGACAUUUAUUGUAGCUGGAAUUCCAAGACGCAACAUUUAUGAUAUGGUGAUGUAUCCGGCGGUUCCUAAGAAUAACUUACCUUUGACUAUUACACAGACCAAUGUUUGGGAUCGCUCACUUACACAAGAUGAGAUUACUGGUAUGUCCAGUCGAGAAAACUGUGGUGGAGGAGCUGGGAAUGUCCUUGAUUGGAAAGAUUUUGAAAGUCAGCUGGAUCUCAGCAUAUUCACUAAAAAUGACCAGUCUCAAUGCACAACCACGCCUGGAUCGAUGUUCUAAUGUAUUACUCUCUUUGGACUUCACAGUCAGGCGGACACGUACUGAGGCUUAUCACAUUUCCCACUUGUUUAAAUUCAUAUUGCAUUGAAUCGUGUAAUAAUUAUGUCUUUGUUAUCUAAAUCCUAUGGAUAAUAUUUCUUUUGGAAGAUUCAUUAAAAGCUCUAUGCUACACUAUGGGUUUUCCAAGGAUUUUGAAUUCACAAAAUUGACG